CUUUCUUUUAACUUGUUCCAAGGGAGCUAACCAUAUAAAAACCCGCGGCUGGUCUCUGGCUGAUCUACUUUCUCUGCAUUCAUCUUCAUUGGUUGUACUGAAUUCUCUCCUAUCCUAUUUUAACCGCCUACCGCCUCUACUUGAACAUCUCUACCACCACCACUACCACCACCACUACCAUCACCACCAUUACAUUCACAAGUACCACAACAGAACAACAAACAAAAUGACCUCCUUCAGCGCCAACCGCUCGCGCUCCUCCUCCAACUCGUCUCGUCCAGCUCUCUCUCUCGACCUCUCCAACCUCCCACCUCUCACCACCCCAACACCACCAACAAACACCCUCCUAAUCACCAACCUCCUCGACCUCACUCUCUUCCAACCUCCCUUGAUCAAUAAAAUCCGCGAGACAAUCACCUCUGUCGCCCCCCUAAACUCCUUCUCCCCGCUCCCCUCACUCCGCCGCAUCAUCUGCUCCUUCCACGCCACAGACGACGCCGUCACCAUCCGCAAAAUGCUCGACGGCGACAAUCUGGGCUCCCAAACAGCCCGCGCAAAGAUCUACUUUGGCGAACCAACACCAAUCCUCGACGAAAACGAAGCGCGCCACCCAAAGAACUUCCUACAAGCACCCCAGGUUGACAAGCUGUUCUUUAUCUCGCCGCCGCCGUCCCCGCCGGCCGGUUGGGUGCUGCGCCAAGAGGACCCGCCGAACAAGGAAGUCCACGCGAGUGAUCUAGCGUCUGCGCUGGAGAGCCUUAAGGCGGAGAAUUCGGGUAUUCCUGCUGCACCUGUUGAGGAGAUGGGUAUUGAUACUCCUAUCUCGUUUACGUCGGAGAAGCGGAUGGGGAGUUGGCCGGUUUCGGACCAUCAGCGGAGUCGGAGUUCCACGCUGAUUUAUGUUCCGGAGGAUCAUGGGAGUAGUCCUGAUCUGCCGGCUGUUAUGGUUGAGGAUACUACGACGGUGGAGUUGGAGGAGCCGAGUCCAAUUGAUAUGGCGGUUAAGAAGAUGCCGCCGAAGACGUCGAUGCCGCCGGUUGAGUUGAUGUGAUUUUCGUUUUAUUUUUGGAUUUGAUGUUUUCUGGGUUUCAUGUUAGUUUUGCAUGGCGUUGGUGUUCGCAUAGAUUAUUUUGCUUUAUGACCAUGUUCUUGCACGGAUGGCGUUGGCCUCGUUACGAGCAUUUAUUGGCUACUGUUUAUGAUCCUGGCAUUUCGGCCAGUUGACUAUCUGGUAUAUACUAGAAUGAAUGAUAAUUACUCUAUCUAAACUGCC